ACGGUCAGGGAGAGCGCGCGCGCGGCGGAGCUGGCAUGAGCCCGGAGCGAAGAAGGUGGAAGUGAGCGGCGCUGUGAGCUGGUGUGUUGUGUUGUGAUGUGUGGAUCCGCACCUCUGGACCAAAACACCACAACUGGAGCUUUAUCUGGAUUUUACCACCUCUGGAAAUAUCCCUUCAUUCUUUUCUUUUAUAUAUAUAUUAGUAAACCGUGUGCGUGGCUGCAUGCGUGCACCUCCUCACAAAAAGACUGGGAGCAGAGUGAGGAGCAUCAUCUGCGUUUUGCUGGAUGUCCCCUUUAUAAUUAGCCUCCUUGUUAUUUGCGAGGAGCAAAGUGCUCCGCGAGGAUCUGCUCCUGCUUUAUGGGAUUAUUUCCACCUGAGCCGCUUUGUUUGAGAUAAGAAUCAUCAUGAGUUCCAGAGGGUCGACGGGCGGUGAGCGGAGCUCUGGGCCGAUCCGGUGCCAACGGUGUCGGGAAAUCUGUAAAGGAGAAGUGGUGCGAGUACAAGAGACCCACUUUCACGUCAGGUGUUUCACCUGCACCGUGUGUAACUGUGAUCUUGCACAAUCUGGCUUCUUCCAGAAGAAGGGCGAGUACAUCUGCACAGCAGACUAUCAGCGUCUGUACGGUACACGCUGCGACAGCUGUGACAGCUUCAUCACAGGGGAGGUGGUCUCGGCACUGGGACGCACGUACCACCCCAAGUGCUUUGUUUGCAGUGUUUGCAGUAAACCCUUCCCCAUUGGAGACCGGGUGACGUUCAGUGGAAAGAACUGCGUGUGCCAGCAGUGCUCGCACAAACUCGUCAAGCCAAAUGAACCGAUCAAGAUCCACGGGCCCAGCCACUGUGCUGGAUGUGGAGCCGAGAUCAAGCAGGGUCAGUCUCUCCUGGCGUUGGAGAAACAGUGGCACGUCAGCUGCUUCCGAUGUCGGACCUGCAACAUGGUCCUCACAGGAGAAUACAUCAGCAAAGAUGGAGUGCCAUACUGCGAGGCAGAUUACCACGCCCAGUACGGGGUGAAAUGUGAGACCUGCAGCAGAUACAUCAGUGGAAGGGUUCUGGAGGCUGGAGGGAAACAGUACCAUCCGACCUGCGCCCGCUGUGUCCGCUGUAACAUGAUGUUUAAAGAGGGAGAGGAAAUGUACCUGACAGGAUUUGAGGUGUGGCACCCAUUAUGCAAGCAACUAGCCAGAGCAGAGAGGAGACUGAGGCACAGGCGCCUGUCGGAGACGUCCAUCUCUCCACCGGGCUCGUCAGUGGGCUCUCCCAGCAGGGUUAUAUGUGCCAGAGUGGAGAAUGAGAUCCUAAAUUAUAAGGACCUAGCUGCCCUGCCAAAGAUCAAGGCCAUAUACGAGGUCCAACAGCCAGACCUCAUAUCCUCCUCAUACCAGCCCUACCACAGAUACACGUCUGAUGACAGGCUAGACACUUACAGCUAUGGGGAGUCGCUCGGGACGCUCUCUCCCUAUUCUCAGGACUAUGACAGCCUGGAUAUCAAGCAGAGGCGGUGCUCCAGUCCAGGUUACAUAGACUCGCCGACAUUUAGUCGUCAAGGCAUGUCACCCAUCAUGCCUCGCUCUCCGCAGCACUAUGUCUACCCUGGCUCUGAGAGUGGCAGGAGUUCACCUUAUUACAGCCAAGAGGGCCGGUCAAGCACACCCACCACAAACCAGCCCCCUAAACAUUUUCAUGUACCAGGGGACCCCAACAUCUACGGGAAGCCUCCUAUCUAUAAAAGAACGGACAAUCACUUGGACGCAGCCACCAAAAGCAGGACCAGCGAGGACAUCCUCAGAUCCUCCAGGCUGUCCACCUACUCUCCUGAGCCAUACACCCAGUCAGAGUGUGACUACUACCCCUACAGCAGCUCCCCCAGGGCCUAUCGGGUGCCGAGAAGACGCUUCUCGACAGGAGGAGAUGAAGAGAGUUGGAGUCACAGUCUUCAAAGAAUUGGGAGUGGCAUCGGGAGGCUGAUCCUCAAGGAGGAGAUGAAAGCCAGAUCUGGUUCCUAUGACAAUGACCCCUGGGGCAGCGCGAGGAAUUCUCGUUGCGGGAGCAAGGAAGCGCUCAACACCACAGGCUACGGCACCACGGCAUACAACAACACUGUCAACGGCUCGCCACGCUCUCAGUACAGCACUGACACUGAUUUCGUUAGUAAGUCGGCCUCACUACCAGGAUAUAGACGCAAUGGCCUCCAGAGGCCUCAGAGUGCAGACUGCUACCAGUACCAGUACGACAGUGGCAGUGAGGUCAACUGGGGAAGCCGAGCAGAGUACAAGAUUUACCCCUAUGAAGCCCUCAUUGUCACCACCAGGGGGCGCAACAGGCUGCCCAAAGACGCGGACAGAGCCAGACUGGAGCGUCACCUGUCCCCAGAGGAGUUUGUACAAGUGUUUGGAAUGACAGUGGAGGAUUUCGACCGCCUGGCUCUGUGGAAGAGGAACGAGCUGAAGAAACAGGCUCGGCUCUUCUAGCGAUGUACGCACAUCCACUGAACGCCGCCAUAAGCAGAGCCGCAGACUUUACUAACUGUAGGAAGGAGCGAGAAGAAGACUUCUACUCACUGUCACUGCCAUGGCUGAGAACCUGUUCUAGAUCUCCUCAUACGACGAACCAAAUUCUGGUCACAGCAGCGUGGACUUGUGGGAUGCCGAGGGAGGGCCACAGAGACCUGAUGCACAGACUGUUAGGUGGUGCAACUGUGGCUGUGUGCCGGGGGUGGAGUGUUUGCAAUAGAGACUGUAGUGUUGUGCUUUUUCCUGAGCCUGCAGGAUGAAGGAAGGCGUCGCGAGGGGACGUCUGUGACCAGAGCCGCAGUACCUAAAACACAUUGAGGAGAAUUUUGGUUUUGCCUUAUUUGUAAUGCUCUCUUAGUUAUGAGUGUGCAGCACCAGCAAUCUGAAUGAGUAGAAUGUAGAUACAGCAUAUCAUUUCUGACACUUUAUCAGUGCGAAUGAUUAGAUGAGAGGAAUGAGUAUGUGAGCCUACAGCAUCACUUUGCUUUGGUUUAUAAGGAUGCGUUUUGUUUACCUAUUCCCCCGCUUUCGCUCUCCCACAUUUAAUACUGUGUACUUCUGGUUUAGACUAAUUGAUACACACACACACACACAAAAUACACAAAGCAAUCUGAGGUGAACGUAUACAAAUGUUUGUGUGACCUCCAUAGAUUUGUGUGAAAAAAAUAAAUAAAAAAAACAAAGUUAGGAUGCAAAUAAAUGGAUUAGCAGAUCACUUCCACGUAACGUUCUGGUCCAGUAGUGAAGGGUCAUGAGUAGAUGCAGUUCACUGUGCAGCUGUGUGGUUAAAAGAAUGUGCAAAUCCAUUUGAUGUAAUAGAUGAAGGAAACAUCAGUUCAGUCCUGUUCCACAUUCUCCAGCUCAUUGCAAUACAAUUCUGGCUCAAUGUUUUAUAGGAUGAGGACUGUAGUCAUUCAUACAUUUGAAUUCACUAUUAUUUAUAUUCUGUUAGGAUGAUGAUAAUCCAAUAAUUGUGUAACUUCAGAGAUUAUAUUCACUCACAUUAAAAAACGCUCUGCAAGGUAUUUAACACACUGACGAAGAUCCAGGGUUGUUGAAGACUUUACUUCCUUUGAAUACUGUUAUUUUUGAUUUUGUCACUAAAAAUUAAACUUUGAAUCAGAA